AUGCAUCUCAACUGGAAGAACGUCUUCAGCUUGGCGACCUGCCUCUCCGCGGUGGGCGUCGACGCAUCAAAGCCCAGCAAUGGCGCGGCCUUGAAAGUCAAGACGACCAGCGGCCAACUCACCGGUUUCAUCAAUUCAACUGCCCCUGCCGUGCGCCAAUUCCUCGGCGUGCCGUUCGCAGAGCCUCCAGUCGACGCCUUGCGGUUCAAGGCUCCCAAGCCCAAGCAUUCGUCCAAGGCCAUCAAGGCCACGACAUAUGCUCCGUCAUGCAUGCAGAGACUCAGCAGCACUCCUACCGUGUACACGCAGCACAUGCAGGAAUUCCUCAUCAACGGCGGACAGUCUGAGGAUUGCCUGUACCUCAAUGUGUACGCGCCUCUCAACCCAACCGAGAAGAAGCUGCCUGUCUUCAUCUACAUCCCCGGCGGUGGAUUUACCGGCGGCGGCGCCGACUCUCUGUACAAGAUCCCCGACAAGUGGAUUCAGAGAACGCAGUCACACAUUGUGGUCACCAUGAACUACCGCGUCAAUGUCUUUGGCUUCCCCAAUGCCGCUGAUGCCAGCAAGAACGUGGGCUUGUUGGAUCAGCGACUCGUGGUAGAGUGGGCGCGCGACAACAUUGCCGCCUUUGGCGGAAACCCCAAGCAGAUGGUUCUCUGGGGUCAAUCCGCCGGAGCCGCUUCUGUUGGCAUGUACGGCUACUCGUACCCGAACGAUCUCAUCGUCAAGGGUCUCAUUCUCGACUCUGGCUCGACAAGCAUGCUGACGGCCGCGGCUGGAAACCAUAGUAGCUUCAGCUCUCUGGCCAAGCUGGUGGGAUGUGGCAAUCUCAGUGCCGCAAAGGAGCUGGCUUGUAUGCAGGAUGUCGAUGCCACUGAGAUUCAGGAUGCCUACUCUGGCAGCAGUCUGGGCUUCUCGCCAGUUGGAGACAACGUGACGGCCUUCUCAAACACGACCGAUCGCCUUGCCCGAGGUCUUGUGUCUAAGAAAGAGCCCUGGAUCAUGGGAGUCAACGCCAAUGAGGGUGCUGGAUUCGGAACCUAUAGCGAGAGUGGAAUGACACCUGGCCAGUGGCAGAUCGGACUCGCAGCCAUUGUCUGCCCCGUUUCCAAGGAGAUUCAGAACCGAGUCAAGUUUGGGUACGAUACGUAUCGCUACCACUACGCCGGUAACUUUUCCAACAUUUCGCCACUCCCUUGGAUCGGCGCCACACACAGCGCGGAACUCCCUCUCCUUUUCGGGACGCAUUACGAAUACCGCGGAAACUCGACCGAGUUUGAGUGGGAAGUGAGCUACGGCAUGGAGGCUCUGUGGCUCUCGUUUUUGUCGAACCCAAAGAAGGAUCCCCGGGACGGUCACGGCAUCACCUGGCCCAAGUAUCGACCGGGCCGUGACACUUUGGCUGUGUUUGCUGAGGAUGACAAGUGGGUUCAGUUUGUUAGCGAAUCUGUCGACGAUGGGUAUUGCAGCUAG